UUUAAAGUAAAUUCCUUGUGAUAUUAAAGUAAAUUCCAAUACAUUCACAUGACGGUAAGUCAAAUAAACCCAGAAGUAAUUAAGCAGUUGCUUAAACUCUACGGUUAAUUGAUUCUAGGCUACCAUGAUUCAUAUAUCAACUCUGCCUAUGUUGUAGGUUCAAACACUUCUAUAUGGCCUAGCUGUUUUAUUUGCUCAUCACUGCACUAUGGUGACCUCAGAAAAAUAUUUUUGAAAAAAAGAUCACUUACAGCUGUGUAGGAUUUGGUUUUCCUCAAAAGUUUGUGUGAUAUGGCCAGCUUGUAAAAUGAGUUUCCAAAAAUGACCUGCUCAGGUAAUAAAAUUGGGUCUCAUGUCCAACAGUUAAACAUUUUGGAAUCUUGCAUCUCUCACUUUAUUUAGGAAAUGUCUUCAUCGAACAAAAAAAUGCAUCCACAGCGCCAUGUGCUUGCAGCUAAAGAAGCAAGAAUGAAAAAUGAAGGAAUGAUAAUGGCAAAAGAAAAAGAAAUAAAAAGUGGGAUUUGGCCUUAAUUGCAUUAUACGGCUAGGAAAUAGGUGUAUUAUUAGCACACACACACCUAUAAAUCUAUGCUGAUGCUUAUCUUCAGGGGAGAGUUGCUCCAGCUUUUAUAUGGUGUACAGUAGCAUUGGCUUUGAAUCAUAUUCACAUUGGGAGGAAAAUAAGGAACAGUUCUUACCUUAUAUAAUUGUUAUACCUGUGAUAAAAUACAAUGGCUACAGAAACAGAAGAAGACUGGAAGAAAAAGUUCACAGAAAAGCAACUGGCUAAGUACAGGGCUCUUUUCAACUUAUAUGACAUCAACAAAGAUGGAACUGUAAGCGUGAAGGAGUUGGCAGCAGUUUCUAAAAAAUUUGGAUAUAAUCUGGAUAAACAGCAAAUUGAGGCAAUAAUCCAGAGAUGGGAUGGAGACAAAAAAGGCUGCUUAAAUUUUCAAGAAUUCAUCAAUGCCAUGCCAGGGAAUGCUAUCCACAUACCCAGAGAUGAGCACAAGAGAGCUGAACUGAGGAUUCACUUCAGGGAGUUUGACAAAAGUGGCUCUGGGUUUAUUUCUGAACAAGAGGCAACAGAUGUGUUGAGCAAAGAACUUGCCUUUCCUCACUACAAGUCAAAAGCAUACAUGAAGUUCUUUGACAAAAACAAGGAUGGAAAGCUAAACAUUGAUGAAUUUGCUGAUUUUUAUGAAAAAGUAGAGGAAAAGAAAGGAGAGCUCAUAAGGAUUUUCAAAGAAUUUGAUGCAAAUGGUGAUGGAUAUGUAGAUAUAUAUGAAGCACAAGAGAUCAUGAGACAAUUUGACAUCGCAGAUGAUGAAAUAGAGAAAAUGGUACUUGAAAAUGACAAGGAUGGAGACAAAAAACUCAACUGGGAUGAAUUUGUCCAUUUUUGGGGAACUGACUAACCACUUAAGUUUUAAGUGCUUUUUGUUAUAUCAUUCACAGCAAAAAUACUGAAACCUGGCUUACUAUAUUACAAUUUGACUCAUGAUUUUUCCCCCAAGUUUUAUUUCAAAUAAUUUACCAGAAUAAACACAAUCACUCUUA